GUCUCUAUCCUUCUGGAUGGUACAAAAAAAGUUGUGGAGUAUAUGACUAAAUCUGCUCAGGGAAAUAUACUGCACUACACUUUCAAGAGUCGAGAAAUUUAUCCAUUGUUUGAUCGUCAGUGGCAUAAGCUUGGUAUUAGCGUGCAGUCAGGGAUCAUUGCCCUCUAUUUGGAUUGUAAUUUAAUUGAGAGAAAGCAGACUGAUGAAAAAUUCACCAUUGACUUGCAGGGAAGGACUCUGAUUGCUUCUCGCACUGCAGAUGAUAAGCCUGUAGAUAUUGAACUUCACUGUUUAACAGUUUAUUGUAAUCCAAAACUUGCAACAGAAGAUACGUGUUGUGAAAUAUCUGCAGACCUGUGCCCACGUGAGGAGAGGUUACUUGCUACAACUUCAUCACCAGUGACUGUUCAUGCCAGCAAAAUAUACACGCUUCCAGGAAUGCAACAAGAAUCUAGAGAGAGAUGCCACUGCUUUCCAAAUAAAGGAGAAGCAGGAUUGCCAGGAGUAGCUGGUUUGCCAGGCCAGAAAGGAGAUAAAGGUGAAAAGGGUGAAAUGGGCAUGAAAGGACAGGAUGGUCUUGCUGGUCUUCCUGGCGAAAAGGGGGAAGCUGGCUUAGUAGGUGCUCCUGGCAUACCUGGUCUUACUGGUUCCAAGGGUGAACGUGGUUUUGCGGGUAGUAAAGGUGAAGAAGGUGAAAAG